AGCACAACAGGUCGGCGGCGUCGUCGUCGUCUUCCUUCUCCUUUCUCUUGCUCCUCCUGCUUUCUUUCUGUGCAGCGUGCGCCGACCACCGGAGACGCCUUCUCCGUCGGAGUUGAAUUGGUAAAGAGACUCGAAUUCCUACCUUCUUCCCCCUCCCGUGCCUCGUGCUUGGGUGUUGUUUCCCGGUCAUCUGAAUUACCGGGUCAGUUUGUUACUUCCCCCCACCUGGAAGCGCAGAUCUUGUGGAGGUCCUGGCAUACAUCCAUUUCACAUGGAACAACAAUAGGAGGAUUCUUUUGACUGUGGAUCAACAUCUCGUUGACAGACAUAUACUUAAUUCGGUCGCCAUGGAUGGAGAAAACUCUCCUCCGACUAGACCCAAAUGGAGAAAAGUGGCGUAUGGAGGAAUGCAGCUUGGAUAUGACGACAAUUACACGGACGAGUCUUUCCUUGAAGAUAUGGUCACGAAUGCCAAUGUCGUCAAACGGGAUUUGCUGAAGGUGAUGCGAGACUCGGUUUCGAUUUCUCAAUACAUAUGCAUUGUUGUUCUGGUUGGUGUCGUUUGGACCUACACCCUGAACUCUAGUCUCAGUGAAAAGUCUCUCCUGCUUAUUGAUGCUAGCCUUCUUAUGUCGGGGUUCAUGAUUCUCCUGCUCACCGAAAAGAUGCUCUCGCUCAAUCAGCUCCUCCAUUAUUUAGCGAAUGUCGCCUUUUUCACAUCCGGGUUGUAUGUCUUGGCUCCCAUCUACAGAACUCUAACAACGUCCAUAAGUUCGGACUCCAUCUGGGCAGUAACUGUUUCACUGCUGAUCAUCCAUCUAUUCUUGCACGACUACUCGCGGAGCACGGUACAUGCUCCAGGAACCUGGAAAAAUCCUACCUUGACCAGUUGCAUAUCCCUAAAUGCCUCUAUCGUGGCUUCAGUUUUCAUUGCUUCUCGGCUUCCUUCAUCCGGAAAUGUCUUUGCUAUAAUGCUCUUCUCUCUCCUCAUUUUUCUUUUUGCCCCAUUAGUCACUCAUUGCAUAAAGGAACAGUCUUUUUGUUUGCAUCUCCUGUUCUCGUUCGUGUUAAUGGUUGUUACUUUGACUUUUGUCUAUAAAUUGCAUCGGGUGCUUUUCUUCAUGUUUCUAGUUUUGCUGGUUUUUGUUUCCUUGGUGUGUCCUUAUUGGCUUAUAAGGAUACAGGGAUACAAGUUUGAGAUCAAUGGCCCUUGGGACGAGGCUAAGCUCUGUUUUGAUGUAACCGACUGAGGGCAAUAACAGAAGUUUCUUUGUUUCUUU